AUGAAGGGUGCUAAAGUUGUCAAACAGCCAUUGACAAGUCAAUAUCAGCUUACAAAUGCUGAUUGUCCUAAAACUGAGUUUGAAAGGGAAGAUAUGGCCAAGGUACCUUAUUCUAAUGCUGUUGGAGCUAUAAUGUAUCUAAUGAUUUGCACCAGGCCUAAUUUAUCACACUCGAUUAGUGCUCUAAGUAGAUACAUGGCAAAUCCCGGAAGAAUUCAUUGGGAUGCUAUGAAGAGGUUGCUGCGUUAUUUGAUUAAUACUACUAGACAUGGGUUGGUGUUCAAGCGGCAUCUUAAUCAGGUGGAAAUCAGUGGGUUUGUAGACUCGGAUUAUGCUGGAGACCGAGACACUAGAAAGUCUACUACAGCCUAUUACUUUCUAGUAAGUGGGAAUUGUGUGAGUUGGAAGUCUCAACUACAAUCUGUAGUUGCACUUUCAACUACUGAAGCUGAGUACAUGGCUGCUACUGAAGCAAUCAAAGAAGGUAUUUGGAUUCAAGGUCUUCUAAAAGAGCUACAAGUGUUCAAAGGAAAAGCUACAAUUUUUUCAGAUAGUCAAAGUGCCAUACAUUUGUGUAAGAAUCCAGUAUUUCAUGCCCGGACUAAGCAUGUGGAGAUCAAGUAUCACUUUAUUCGUGACAAGGUCACUAAAGGUGUAAUCAAUGUUGAAAAAGUCCCCACAGAAGAGAACUCUGCUGAUGCUGGAACUAAGAUAUUGCCAUUGAACAAGUUUAAUUACUGCCUAAGCUUGCUCGGAAUUGAUCAUGGAAGAUAG